AUGUCGAAGAGAAAACUAGAAGAAGAAGAUUCAUUGAGUACAGCUAGUUCUGAUAGCGCCGACAGUUUGGGAAAUGUUGAGGAAUAUCAGAGUGCGAAACGGAAUCGACGUGUCCGUUUCAGCGAGAGAACAGUAUUCCACUUUCCUCGUACACAAGGUUAUACGUGUGUGCCUUCGAAUGGUGGAACAACGCUUGGGAUGAAACAUAAACACAGCUUUGUCGAAAGAACUUUAAUAUCCGAAGAAGAUCAGAGCGAAAGCGAUACGGAAGAUUCAUAUGAUAGCGUGGACAGCGACGAUGAACACUGUUUUAUGCCAAUUCCACAAAAGGAUCGCAAAGACAUUUUGAAAGCGGCCGGCGUAAAGAAAAUCAACAAACAAGAGGCUAUUGAGUGUAUGCAAAUUAGGUAUUCUCGGCAGCUUUGUGGAUGUUCGUGUAAAGACUUCUGCGAGCCUGACUCAUGUAGCUGUCGUUUAAACGGAAUAAAUUGUCAAGUCGAUCGAGAUAGUUUUCCGUGUGGCUGUAGCCGUGAAGGAUGCCAGAACCCUCACGGACGUCAUGAGUAUGACCCGAUUACGGUACGCCGUCAUUUUAUUGAAACAGUUUGGAAACUUCGAGGAGAGAAAUAUCUCUGGCGUGAAUCGACACCCGAUCAAGAACGAGAUUCGAAUGAUUUGCAAGCUUCAAGACAAGUAAUGGGUUUUACUUCCGUUUCAUAG